AUGUUCCAGAAAGUGGGCGAAUCUGUAAACAGUGCGCUUGGCAAUGAAACUACAGAAUAUCAUUAUACGUUAGUGCUGGAUAACAAGUUAUGGAUUUUCAGCAGGAAAUACCAAGGACAGCCGAUGCACAACUGGGGGCACCGGGUCGCUUAUAUCGGUGGCUAUGCCGCCUAUUUCGAUCUGACAUCGAGAAACUGGUCUAGGAAAAUGGAAUUCAGUGCUCUGGCUGAAGAUGAAAAUAUGGACGAAUUGCUGUUCAUUGUAGAUGGGCAUAUUCACCUACUGCUCUAUAACGGCUUCGGUGGCAUGAAAUUCAUCAGUUGCUUCCAAUGGGAUUCUGAAAAUGGAAAGUGGCACGCGAUCCACUUUGAGGUAGAAGAGGGCAUUAAUUUUGAGUGCGAGCAUCCAGAUGAAGUGUGCAGUUUGUUUGUGGUUGAUCAAGAAAAUUCUCGACAACGUUCUGUGAUUCUUGCGUCUCAUUUUCAAAACAGCGUCAUUUUGCAUGAGCUACAUGUCGGCGGUGAGGAUGCAAAGCUAAAAAAAUUGAGCAACCUGAAUAUUGAGCAAAUGUGGAAACCAGUGAUGGGUGCCAGUUGGGAAAAUAAUGUGUUUUUGUUAUUCUGCGCGCUUGGUUGUGGAUACCGUUUUCAGCCGGACGUUGCGCUCCAGUACAACAGGAACACUGGUCAAACGCAAUUGAUUGAGAUCAAGGGUGAGAAGCCGCCAUUUUGUUUCUCUGGCUCGCGACAUACUGCGCUGUUGGCAUCCGGGAAAUGGAUCCAUGCAGCUGGUUCAGUAGCAUUUCGUCAAAACAGCCGUUUCACUGGUGAAAUCUGGGAGCUGGAUCUCAACAACUUGCAGACAUGGAAAAAACUGCCAGUGGAAAUACAAGGCAUGGAUUCCGAGGAAUUGUGUAUAGCUAUUAACGAGGACAGGAAGCUGUAUGUCUUCGAUCGGUCCAGCGAUGUAAUGGCUGCCGCUCUUACAUGA